AAUUAGGGUUUAGCCCCUUGUCGCUACAUCUGCGUUUCACUGUCGGCGCUCUGAGCUUCAAUUAAAUUUGAUCAAGUCGAAGAAGCAGCAGCCAUGGCCGACAAGAAUGUCACCAUUCGAACUCGAAAGUUCAUGACCAAUAGGCUGCUCUCCAGGAAGCAAUUCAUCAUUGAUGUUCUUCAUCCUGGGAAAGCUAAUGUCUCAAAGGCUGAGUUGAAGCAGAAGUUGGCUGAGUUGUACUCUGUCAAGGACACCCAAGCUAUCUCUGUUUUUAAGUUCCGUACUCACUUUGGUGGUGGGAAGUCAACCGGUUUUGGGUUGAUUUAUGACUCUGUUGAGAGUGCUAAGAAAUAUGAACCUAAAUACAGACUCAUCAGGAAUGGACUUGAUACCAAGGUUGAGAAGUCAAGGAAACAACUCAAGGAGAGGAAGAACCGUGCCAAGAAAAUCCGUGGUGUGAAGAAGACCAAGGCUGGAGAUGCUGCCAAGGGUGGAAAGAAGAAAUGAGCAACAGGGUUUUUCUUUUGUAUCUUAAUUUUGAUGAAAGCUAUCACUUUUUACCAAUGUGAUCUUGAGGUGUUACUUGGACUGUUAUGAUAAGAGUACUUUUUUUUA